AUGGCUUCACAGCAGUCUCAAGGGACGUCAAGUCCAUCCGCAUCAUCGAUCUUUCUUCCGCUAGGACGACGGGGCUCUCGGGCAUCUUUAUCAACACACGCCGAACGGAAGGGCCUAAACGCUGCACUAGACCAGAUUCAUACGGCAGCUUAUCAGUCCGAUUCUCUUACCACAUUUAACGACUUUACCAAUCCACCCGCUCCCACUUCUGCGACUGAAGAAAAAAGCUUCUCAGGCGAGCUACAAGGAGGCUUGAGUGGGUUAUAUAGUCGGUUUCGAACAUCUGUGGGCGGGGUCAGGGACAUUGUAAGCGGCGUGGGAAGAUCGCUAGACAGAUCCUCCACUGAGGACCAUGGAAUAAGAAGUCCUCCGUCGGAGCGCUCCGUCUCGAAAUCUGCUCAUGGCUCGACAGCUUCCAUACCGGAUUCUCAGCAGUACCUACCGGGUUCAUCUCAGGGCUCAAGAUUACACUCACCAACGUCUGUAACUCACCAAUCUACGCAAGAUGGCUUACCUCCACUACUGGCUGGGAAGGGUUCCAGGCUUUCGUCGAAAACUGCGAGUAUAUCCUCAAAGGCCUCAGUCUCACCCUCACCUGCAAUGAAAUCUCCUGUUGUGCCGUUGCCCAAAAGCACGACUAAUUCAGUGGCUGUAGACCCGACAGUUACUGAGCUUCAUGUCAACGCUAUCAAGGAACCUCAUAACUCGAGCAAUAACUCCGUGAAUCUCUCCUCUCACAGCUUUCAAUCGAUCGAUUCAGUUAGCACAGACAAAGAAGAUGGCCCUCUCACUGCGUCUAUAAGCUCUUCAGGGUGGAGCCAACGAAUAUCACAUUCCCCGGUCUUGCAGGCGAAGACCCAGCAUUUCUCGCUUGAAGGCUCGGGCACUUCAGAUGUUAGCAGGUCAUCUACAACGAACAGUCAGGUCCCGGAUAGUUUUAAGAGAUCAGAUAGCCAAGUCACUCAUGAGUUAGAUACAUCAAUGUCUGGUCCGGUGCGAAAAGCGAGGCAUUCAGUCGAAGGAGUACACGAUGGAAAAGAGAGAAUCAGGUCGAAUUCAGGGGCUUCGUUCAAUCCAGAUAAAUCUGUUGCUGCUCCAGUUUCUGCAGCGAGUAAUGUCUCUCAAUUCCCCGGUAAUACUGACAACUCGUUUCCCGAUAUUCAACCUCCAUCUACUGCUGCGACACAUAUACCAGUGGUAGAGAGGGAGGGAGAAUCCUCAAAGGCACUUGUCAAGAAUAAACCCAAGGAAAGACUCGUUCUUCCAAGCUCGAGCCGCUUACCGGGAUAUGUGGUUUCUCAAGCCUCCCCAAGCGAGAUAUCGAUGGGCUCUGCUGCUGUUACUCCGCUGGGCACAACGGUGGACUACGGCCCCAGUCAGGAUGGCCGUAGCUGGCGUUCUCAUGGGACUGGUGAUGGUGUUAUGUCUCAACUCCGGAGUAAACUGCUCAGUAAAGAUUUUUGGAUGAGAGAUGAGAACGCAAAGGACUGCUUCCAUUGCGGCGAGCCUUUCUCUACUUUUCGACGCAAGCACCACUGUCGGACCUGCGGCCAAAUAUUCGACUCAAAAUGCACACUGCUAAUCCCUGGAGACAGAUUCGGCCAACCGGGCACUAUACGUGUCUGCAAGCCGUGUGAAGCUAUGAUUAAUGGGCAUGAUGAUGAUUCUUCGGAGUUCUCAGAUAGCGAACAGAACCCAGUUGUGGUCAAUCCUCGAGUCUCCGAUCUGGGUUUGGGAAGUUACCCGCGUCCCACUGCCGACGACGAUGACACGUCCUCUAUAAUCUCGCAAUCGAUAGAUCAUGUUAUGAAAACACCAACAAUGGCCAUCCCGGCAACAAGACGGGCAGGUGAAGGCCAUAAUCGCCGGUCGGCUAUCCUAGAGAUCAGCCCAGAUCGGCCAUUAGCAAGGCCAACAUCCUCAAGAUCGCUCAAGUCAUCUCUCAGUGGGAGGACUCAUUCAAUGGGUCAUAAGCGCCACCACUCUCGUCAGCAGUUUAUUCGAAACUUCAAGCCUUAUCAUGAUGAUCGAGCCCCCUUCCAGAGGCGGCAUGUAGAGGACACUGCCCUUGAAUCACGACUACCUGCAUUCCACAAGGACAACAUCAUCGACCCAGAUCUGGCACAGUACCUCUCUGAUGAUGCUUCGAGUGGCGACGAGCAGCCAAGCCUGCUAUCAGCCGUAUCAGAAGGGUCAUUGUCUAAAAGCGGUGGUGACAAUGAAAGAACAACGUUUGGAGGGUUUCUCGCUGCCAUGAAAAAAGGCAGAUCUGCAUUUGGGGAUAGGAGCAUUGCAAACUACAGCCAUGUCGGUCGCGAACCAGAUGAGGGUAGCAUCAGCAGCUCGAGAGCAGUAAACCUCCCUCGUCCUCGCCGGCGUAAUCUUAGCGUUGCGAGCAGUGUUCACCAACGCCCCUCGCCCAGGGCGUCCAAAGACAGUGUUUUCAACCCACAAGACUCUUCAACUACUGCCCACGUAUUCCCUACUGGGGCGAAUACUAGCGGGUUUAAAAUGACAAGAAGCUCGUCUAUGAGAGGAGCUGGUGCCCCGCCGGUAGAAUUGAACAAGGCUAGCCUACAACAUGUUCGCAAGCUCCUCCGGCAACUUCUGAAAGACGCUUCGAUACCCCAUGCCCAGAGCUGGGAGACUGCUCUGCUUCCCAUACUCCUGAAAGCGGCAGAUGAGGUUGAUCCAGACGUUCAAGGUGGCGACGAUAUGGAUAUUCGUCACUACGUAAAACUCAAAAAGAUCUUGGGCGGUCGACCUGGGGAUACUUCCUAUGUAUCCGGCUUAGUUUUCACCAAAAACCUUGCCCUCAAGAGCAUGUCGAGGUGCAUCCCGCAGCCGAAGAUACUGAUAAUUGCUUUUCCACUCGAAUAUGCCCGUCAUCAGCAGCAUUUUAUGAGCUUGGAGCCUGUCAUUCGCCAGGAACGUGAGUUCCUCGAGAAUUUAGUAAGCAGGAUAGCUGCUUUACGACCUAACCUGCUCCUGGUUGAGAAGAAUGUCUCUGGGCUAGCUCUAGAGUUGCUGGACAAAGCCAAAAUUGCAACGGCAUACAAUGUCAAGUCUUCUGUUCUUGAAGCUGUAUCACGAUGCACCCAAACUAGGAUAAUCACUUCCAUGGAUAAACUUGUUACCACUCCUGUGACUAGCGAGUGCGGCAGUUUCGAUGUCAAGACAUAUGUCUACAACGGACGCAAGAAAACAUACAUGUAUUUGUCCGGCUGUCGCAAAGAGCUCGGGUGUACAAUUGUUCUUCGUGGUGGUGAUAGUGAAGUUCUCUCGAAGGUGAAACGGAUUACCGAGUUCAUGACCUAUGUUGUGUACAACCUUAGGUUGGAGACUUGCCUAAUGAGAGAUGAGUUUGCUCAGAUGCCGGCGUCAUCCGAAACCGAAGCCGAUAGGGUGGCCAUUGAUGCAGCACGCUCAAGUGUCUUAGCUACAGCGAAUAACUGUGGGGAGAAAUCAGGUUCCCCUCCAUCAAGCCAGCAGCAGGAUUCGAAUGAGAAGAAUGAUGGAUCUAUCACAGAAAAGUCCACUGUUGCCAGUGAGGUCACAGAAGUGCCUGAUGACGUUCCCAUGCCGACGUACUACCAGGACUUCGUGCAUGAUAGUGAGGUAAAGAUUCUCUCUGCCUCUCCGUUUGUCAAAUUUGAGCCUCCUUACCUGCUUAAACGCGCAAGAGAAAUGGAACGGAGGCUAGCCUACUUGAAACGCCUGCGAGACCAGAACCUUAACUUUGACCCAUCAUUAGAUGAGAAAACUAGGUCACAAAAGUUUGUUCUUGUAACUCCUGAGAUGGUCCAUGAAUCACCUCAAGAUGCUUCCCCGAAAGUAAAAGAGGUUUUGCAUGCGGCUCAUGACGCCGAGUAUGACAGAGCCCUGCAUAACUAUCAAACUCAGAAACGUCAAUGGGAAGCCUAUAUCGCUGGAGCAGCGGGCGUUUUUGACCCAUAUGCACAUCAGAAUAUUGUCGUUCUCUUCAGUCUUGUCUGCACUACGUCGUCAAUUCCUUGCUCAGGCCCGGACCUUCUUGCCUUGGAGUACUAUAACGAGCACGGUGAUGACGCGAUGUUUGAACCCGAUUGUGCGCUUGGCCAAUAUGUUGAGGAUCUAUGCCUCAAUGCCAAUGCUAUUUGCAAUGUAAAUGGUUGUGAAAAGCGGAUGUUUGAACAUCACCGUCAGUACGUACAUGGAGAAGCCCAAAUAAGUGUUUUCAUUCAACCGUAUCCUUCGAAACUCCGCGGGCUUCAGGACACAAUUCUGAUGUGGAGUGCCUGCAAAAUAUGUGGGAACGAAACCCAGGUCUUCCCUAUGUCGGAAAGCACGUGGAAGUAUUCGUUUGGGAAAUAUAUAGAACUGUCCUUUUGGAGCAAGAAUCUUCAUGCUCGGGCUGGCGUCUGUCCGCACGAUUUGCAGCGUGACCACCUCCGCUACUUCGGCUUCAAAGAUGUUGCCUUACGCAUCCACUACGACCCCAUCAAUCUACUCGAGAUCAUUGUUCCAAGGACACGGGUUACGUGGAAAGUUGACAACGAUUUAAAGCUCAGAAAUGACAUUUACCUCAAGAUUGAACAGCGUCUGAACAAGUUCAUGCUCUCUGUCAAAGCGCGCUUGAAAGGCAUUAAUGUUGAUAGUGUCAUUCCCAAGCUAGCAGAAGAUUGCAAGAGAGAAGUUGAAGCCCUAACCAAAAAGGCUAACGACGAUCAUUCAGCUUUAAUCAAACAAUUACAAGACAAGUAUAUCAACUCCCGUUAUUGGGAGAUUACUCCUCUGAACGAAGUGGCACGUUUUGCUCAGGAGAAAGUUGUUGAGUGGGAUACUGCAUUUGCGGAAUUCGAAAAGAACUUCUUUCCUUCCGAGAAGGAUAUUAGGAGACUGGCAACAUUGCAGUUGAAGAAAAUAUUUCUGGACAAGGAUGCAUCUGUUACUUCUCUUACCUCAACUGAAGAAGCCCUGACCACGCCUACGGAACCUGAGAGUGAGAAUACCGAGGAGCCGGAAAAGCCACGGCAGAUGCGUCGCAUGACUUUGUCUCCGGAGAAGACGCAAGAUGUCCUAGUAUCUGUCGUUGAAGAACACUCAGGCAAAGAGCAAAAGGCCGAGAGCCAAGACAAUGGCCCCGCGAAGGUUGAAGAAACUGAUACACCCAGCCCCUCACCUGCACCAGAGGAAAGGCUGUCAUCUUCUCCUGCAGACGAAGCCUUAGCGAAAAAAGAAGUGCAGCACCUGGACUUGGCGUUGCCUUCAAAUCAAUUUGAACAGACGCUCGUGGAUGUGAAUGCUCAGAGCACGGUGGAUAAACCCGAAGCAGCACCAUUGGAAGCCGAUUCGAGUAAAGGCGCCUUGGGGGCCACCAUUCCCGAGCAAGGAGACCCCCAGGCACUAAGCCAGCGGAACUGUGAUGCUGAAAAGCCGAUGCACUCUCCCAAUUCUCCUCCAAAUCAACACCGCUCAGCAAUUCCACGGCCAGCUGAGGGUGUUACUAGGCGUAAUGCAAAGGCAACUUCUCCACCACUGUUCCGUGCUCAAUCACAGCCAGCGCAGCUCCAGAAGGAAACAGGGUAUGACAGUAAUCCCCUGAAAGGGUUCAGAAUCACCCCUGGGAGGAUUGGUGGUCGCGACGACCGGUUCGGUUUAAAUGCCUUCCGAAAUGGAAGACUCACGCCCGGUCCAUCUUUAAUACCUCGCUCGAUACCGACAAGAAAGGGUCACACGCGUGUUUCUUCUCUGGCCAAGCAUUUCGAGCAAUUGAGCCGAGAAUUCGAAAAGGAGCGGCAACGUGAAAGAGCCCAGAGAGCCGCCAAGCGUUCACAAUCUCGAGCAUUCCCGCUCGCAAGUUCAAAGCCGAUUGUGGAAGUGUACAAAAAUGUUAGAGAGGCCGUUGAGGAACGAGAGCCUUCGGGUGAAGGGGAGGACCUCCUCUCGUCCACGUCACGGACUUCCAUAGACGACUCAAGCAAAGACGGCGAAGCACUCCCAGCACAAUCGUCGCAAGAAGAACAAAGAAAAGAUCUUAUUUCGCAAGAGCCAUCAACCACGCAAGUGGAAACUGACAGCCUCAUUCAGAAUACGGAUCCAAUCCUCUCAGAGGGCGAAACAGAGGAGGUACAUAGCGAUGAAGAUCGCUCUUCAGUGAAUGGGCUACAAGUUACAGACUCAAAUGAAGAACUACCCAAGAUGUCACCGGAAGAUGAACAACUCGACCUGAAAGAGUUCCCAAAACACGAAAGGAGCACGCUUCUGAAACUCCUAACGAACUUCUGGUCGGAGCGUUCUGCCAGUGGAUGGACUCCCCUCGAAUAUCCACUGACUAUGUCCGACCAUGUCUUUGCAGAUUGCGAUAUUAUCGUACGCGAGGAUGAGCCGAGUUCGCUCAUUGCGUUCGCUUUAGACUCUCACGAUUAUAAAGAGAAGCUGGCAAGCAUCCAGAGACGCUACGAGGAGCUCGAUGAGAAAGACACGGAUCUUGGGGAAGGGCCAGAAGCUAUGAAUGAAGCACGGGUUGAGCAUGCUCUUUUGAGAUGUACGGGGACGCACCUCAAGUAUCAAUUCCAGGAAGGUCAGGCAAAAAUGCUUUGCAAGGUGUUCUAUGCCGAGCAGUUCGAUGCUUUGAGGAAGAAGUGCGGAGUUGCCGAGCGUAUUGUUGAAUCACUAUCCCGAUGUGCGAAAUGGGACUCAAAGGGAGGGAAAACAAAAUCCAUUUUCUUGAAGACGCUGGACGAUCGUUUCAUUCUGAAAUCGCUGUCGACUAUUGAGACCCAGGCUUUCCUCAAGUUUGCUCCAGCAUAUUUCCAGAUCAUGUCUGAAGCACUUUUCCACGAGUUACCGUCCGCAAUCGCAAAGAUGUUCGGAUUCUACCAAGUAAUUAUCAAGAAUCCUGCCACAGGGACCGAGUUUAACUGGUUUCUCUUGUUAAUGGAGAACCUGUUCUACGACCGCGUUCCGACGCGGAUCUUCGACCUCAAGGGCUCAAUGAGGAAUCGCAAGGUACAGAGCACCGGAGAACGCAACGAGGUCCUGCUUGAUGAGAACAUGGUGGAUUUCAUCUACGAGACACCGCUCUUUACCCGAGAACACUCCAAAAAACUUCUUAGCCAAAGCGUUUGGAACGACACUCUCUUCCUGGGCCGUCAAAAUGUCAUGGAUUAUUCACUCAUGAUUGCCAUCGACGAGAGCCGGUCGGAGUUGGUAGUAGGCGUUAUUGACUGCAUCCGUACCUAUACGUGGGACAAGAAAUUAGAAUCAUGGAUCAAGGACCGUGGAUUCGCUGGCGGAGGUAAGAAUCGGCCUACUGUGACCAGUCCCAAGGAAUACAAGAGUCGGUUCAGGGAGGCAAUGGCCCGAUACGUUCUUCAAGCCCCAAGUUGUUGGAGUCAAUUCCAACAGCCCCAAAUGUAUCGGUACACUCCGGUUGAGCAACCUCCAGGCCAGGCACACCAUGCGUUGGACGGUGACACUGCCGAAGGAAAUGAAUCAGGUGGUUCCUAG